GCAUACAUUUGUCCCUUGCUGCACACCGUAGCUGGUGCUCCACUGAGCUGCAGUUGUUGUAAAGAGAUUGGCCCUGCGCUGAAAACAAACUAAAAAUAAACCUCAACUGGCCCUGGAGCACCAUAAAUAGUGAGUCAUCAUGGGAAACACUAGUGACCGGGUGACUGGAGAUCGUCAUGGAGCCAAGGCCCACCGCUCCGACAGCAGUGGCAGUCCCAAAGACCAAGAGCACAGCAGCAAGAUGGUGGACAGCACAGAUGACCCCAACAUCUUCAACACCCACGGGCCAGAGUCCAAGCCAUUGGGAGAGAAAGAAACCGAUCCCACUGACCAGGUGAAAACGGGUCGUCAGGCUCGACCCACAGUCAUCCGCUGGGCUGGAGGGGGAAAGGAGGUCUACAUAGCAGGUUCCUUUAAUAACUGGAGCACAAAGAUACCGCUAAACAAGAGCCAUAAUGACUUUGUAGCUAUCCUGGACCUGCCUGAAGGAGAGCACCAGUACAAGUUUUUCGUAGAUGGGCAGUGGGUUCAUGAUCCCUCAGAGACGGUUGUAACCAGUCAGCUCGGCACCAUCAACAACCUGAUUCAGGUGAAGAAGUCUGACUUUGAGGUGUUUGACGCGCUGCAUGUCGACUCUCUGGAGUGCUCCGACACAUCAGAUCUCUCCAGCUCCCCUCCAGGUCCUUACGGCCAGGAGCAGUACGUCUUCAGACCGGAGGAGCAUUUCAAAGCCCCCCCUAUACUCCCUCCUCACCUCCUCCAAGUCAUCCUUAACAAGGACACCAAUAUAUCCUGUGACCCUGCCCUGCUGCCUGAACCCAACCACGUCAUGCUUAACCAUCUCUACGCUCUCUCCAUUAAGGAUGGAGUAAUGGUGCUGAGUGCAACUCACAGAUACAAGAAGAAAUACGUCACCUCUCUGCUUUACAAGCCUAUCUAAAAAUGUGAUUGCUCCCCAGUGCUUUUAGACAGCAGCAUGUCUUUAUUCUGCUGUUUCUUCCCUGUUUCAUCACAUUUAGCCAAACCUUGCACUGAAACAGGUUUACAGGUGAGCAAAAGGCCAGCAGCUGGUUCUUGGUGUUUAAAAGACUGAACUUCUGUCUGCAUAGGGUUCUGAACACAAGUAGCUAAGUGUGUAGGGCUGCAGAGAGAGGUGGCAACAUACACUGGCUUUUACCUGCAACGUCUACAGGCAGAUCAGAGACUGACUAAAUCACUGUGUGUAUUUGAGUGUUUGCUGCACAUAGUGAAUAUAUGCAUGUUCGUGUGUGAAUCAAGGAGGAGCGAGAUCUGUGAAGCAUCACUUUCUUUACUGGUGAUUAUAACUUUUGAUGUGUUUGAUGUGGAGCAACAGUUUGAUUUAAAAGUGUUGUGUCGUCAUAUCCUCCUUGAACUGAUAUAUAGUGUUGAGCUACUGACUGGACAGCGUUUAUGAAAUGUUCAUGCAGUAGAGAAUAGGUCAGUGUCUAGAUGCUGAAGCAGACUUUAGAUUAGUUAAAGUGCAAUAACGUGCUGCGUAACGUACCUCUUACAUGAUAAACCUGACCAGGAUGAGGAGGAAGCAGUAAACAACAUCUUGGUUUGUCAGUUAUAGUCACAUGUGCUACAUUAUAUUGACUUUAUCAGCAUUAAAUCAUCAUCCAGUGAAAUUACAACGUCAAUUAAACUACAAACAAGGGGAAGAUUCCAGUUUUGUUAAUGUAACGGUCGCUAAAGAUGCAGUACUUGUUUGUUUCAACGGCCCACUGUCCUAAUGGGGAGUGGAGGUCAAAGGUUAGGUUCUGCUGUUGCCUUUAUCUUGACGUUAUGUUGCGAGCACUUAACCAUCCUGAGAGCAGGAGUCUUGAUAUACGCUUUUAACUACUAUCAGACAAAUCUUUACUGUAAUGUAGCCUCUCUGGAUUGUACAACCCAAUAUGUGCUUUUUCUUCUUUAGAUAUUGUGGAAGUACAGUGCUUUAUAUGUGUGUGGAUCUGUAUUGAAUUCUGUUCAUCACUGAUGAUUGUAUUUGUCUGUUACAUGUGUAGUUAAACGCAGAGCCGUGUACACCUAACUGUUUGAACUCACUGCUUUGCAUGCAUCGAAUGUCAGUAACUUUUGUGGAUACAACACAUUCAGAGGCAGUCAGACCGUUUUCAGAUGUAUUUGCAGGGUUAUGAGGUUGGAUAGUUGCCAUGCAUUCAAAGUUAUACAAAGUGAGCUUGUGUGUGUGUUCUUUAACAGAUAACCAUUUAAGAUACUCUGUAUUUUGAGGUAUGGUGGCUAUGAUGAAUUGUCUGCACUUACAGAACAGUAUCGACCAACAGUUGUUACACUAUACAGGCUAACAAAAGGGGCUUUCAUAAUCCUGUUGGUGUUCAACGAGACGCUCUGAAAGUAUUUUGUGAAUGUUCAGCCUAUCUAUGAAGUUUUGUCCAAAGAGUUUUUAAGACUUACAGAUACGAUGAGGGAGUUUAAACCAAAACUUGAAUUUUACAACCGUUUCAUGAAUGUUUUGAAAUGCUUUGCAAGUGUGAUGACAAGGGGUCAAAGUGUUCGCUGUACAAGGUUUUACUUGUUUGCCAAUAAAGAAAGGACACGCUGGUCCUAGUUUCUGUCUAA